CCGGAGGUGGGACUGGGAGGCACCGUGUCGUCGUCGUCCCCUUUCCCUUCUCUACUCCGCCGCCGCUCGCUCGCCGGUGAAGAGCAAAUGCUGCUGCUGUUACGGCAGCGGCUCUGUUGGCGCCGCGUAUCUCCGACUUACCUCGCGCCUUUGUAGGAUCUGUGGAGACUCGUGAGUACGUGACCCCCACGGUGGAUGAGGAUAGGCGGGCCUCGUCCGGCAGCCUGUGCUCUCUGGGACGGGAGGCAGAGCUGGCACCAGGGUUAUGUCCACUGUCCACCUUCGAAUGUUGACAUUACAUUACAUGUCUACACUUUCAAAUUUAAGAGAGAGCACGAAUUGAGGCCGGCCCAGGUGAACGCUGCUGAAGCUGCUGCUCAAUUAAAACUAGGGGAACAGAUGGGGAUGAAGCGCGAGCAAGAAAGAAAGAAAGGCUGCACAACUGGCACUGUGUAUGAUACUUUCUGCUCACCAUUUUCUUGCCUGAAAAAAAAUGAUAUGCUUGAUGUCACGUUAUGGUUAUUUAUGAUGAAGAAGAUGAAGAAGACUGUUGAUAUUGACAACAGUCAACAGCCACUUUCUGAAGGGCCUGGAGAACUUGUGCCAAAAGUAACAAUGGAAGUUUGUUCAUGGGAUUGAGUUGACACAGGGCUUAGGGAGCCCACUGACUGGAGACACUUAGCUUGGAGGCCUGUUCAUGAAGAAAGAUAUCGAGAAAGACGUCGAACAUGAAAUGGAGGACAGCGUGUCAACCUACCAGAAUGCUGAUGUCGGGGAAGGAGAGAUCAGCUGCUGUCAAUAGUGUACCUCUCUCUAUUCCAACUGUGAACCUGGGAUUCUAUGAUCAUGUGCGUGCUAUGUAACCUAUGCUGCCACUGUGCAACGUCACAAGUCAGCACAUGCUGCACGCCUGCACUAGGAUGUCUAGCGUAUGCUGGACAGCUGGAGUACAAUAGUUGGGCGUUGCUGUCUGUUUUUGUGGUUGUCAUGUACAGAUGUGCUAGUGCUAAUGUAUGUUGUAGGUGUUCCAGGUCUAUGUAAACUGGACAUUCUGUAAAGAAGGUAAAAAAAACAAAGAAUAGUGAGAUAUCCAUCUAUACUAUAGUUAUUAUGUAUCAAUGUAUGUGUUUAGAG